CACUGCUAUCCAGCGAGCGUCUGGAACGGUCAAACUUCUCGGGUUAGCUUUAAUUAUCAGUGAAUAUUUACUACUGCAGAAUGAUGUAUGUUUCUGUGAGGUAUUUCACCCUGCUUAUGCUCGUUGUAUUGACUGAAUGUACCGGUACUACCGUAACAGUUCAAUCGGAUGGAUCCACGGCUGUUUUAAAUAAAGACUUCACCUUCAGAUGCAGUCUGUCAGAUCCCAAAGUGAAACAAGUUACCUGGCAGAAGCAGAAGGAUAAAGCUUUGGAGAACAUGGCUACCUACAGCGUUACAUUUGGAGCAAAAGUCCUGGAACCGUACCACCAAAGAGUGAAUUUCUCGUUGCUAGGAUUAAAUGAAUCAUCGAUAACUAUUCAUAACGUUCAACCGGAGGACGAAGGGUGUUAUAUGUGUUUGUUCAACACAUACCCACAAGGAUCGAUUACUGGAAGAUCCUGCUUUACUGUUCUUGGUAUUUCUGAGAUCAAUAUUGAAACAAUCUCUACAGAGUCUGAAAAUACAGCAGUGGUGAGCUGCUCGGCCACUGGGAAACCAGCCCCUAAGAUCAGAUGGAACGCAUCAGAAAGUGUCACUUCGAAUGCCGUGCAAAGCAGCAUAGAUCGUAAUGGGAUUGUGACAGUCACCAGCAACCUUACACUGGAUCUGUCAAGUUUCCUUGCUGAAGAAAUCAGCUGCUUUGUAAGCCACUCUACACUGAAUCAGGAAAUUGAGAAAAACAUCAGUAUUAGAGAAGACAAGAGAACAUUAACAAAUGUUCUUAGUCCUGGUGUAGUCGUCUUGGUGAUCCUCUGUAUCGCAGCUCCGAUUAUCAUGACAGUUGCUUGUUUUGUAAUCAGAAGAAUAAAGAAAACCAAAGCAGGCCCUUUGGAAGAAAAGCUCAAUGCAGAAGAGAUGUCUCCUGCUUAAGCCUGUGUUUUGUUUUCAAAGACAUGUGUACUUAUGGAAUGUGUCAGAUGGUCAGCAUUGGAGAAUGAUGUCACAGAUUUGGCAGUGCUUAUCAACCUGGCAGAGAAAGCAUUCAUUCAUUAACACCCACACUGCUGCUUAUACCCAGUUUAAGGACUGCAACUGUGAAGAAAACUAUUUUAAAAUGAGAUUUCAAAACUAUAUAAAAGUGAUCUACCUCUUCAACCACCAAACUGAAUGAUUUUUUUCAAUUAUAUAAAUAUUCUAUUGUUUAUGUGUUUAUUCUGCAAAUACUAUAAUUAUGUUUUGUACUUUAAAAGAUAAAACAAUGUUCUGUGAUAAUGCUUGCACUUUACACCCUAUUAAGCUAGGUACUCUUUAAAGCACAGUAUUUCAAAAAUCCUUGUAAAUACAAUUGUAAAUUAUUUAUAUAUUUCUGUUAAUAUUGUUUCUGUAUGUGUGUGUGUAUUAACUAAGCUUUAUUUAUAAAUCUUUAACCCUAAAUUGUGGACCUUUGAUGUAAUGUUUUACUGUAU